AUGACCACAGCGGCAAAGAAGCUCGACGUGUUCUCGACCACGAGUGACUACUCCAAGACGUAUGUUAUCCACGAUGAAGACCAUACACUUGGCAACGCGUUGCGCUACGUUUUAAUGCGAAAUCCCGACGUGGAAUUUUGCGGCUACACGAUCCCGCACCCUUCGGAGCCCAAGAUGCACGUCCGCCUGCAGUCUCGCCAAGGUGCACCUGCUGACGAAGCGUUGCGCUCGGGUCUAACUGAUCUCCGCAGCGUGUCGAAGCACAUUGAAGAUGCGUAUCGCAAGGAACUACAGGCGUUUAAGCGCAAGAGCCGCAAGAAGUAG